GUACACAUUGGAAUUAAAGGAUUUGUGAGAGAUUUGGUCACUGGGGCUGCCUUGGAAAAUGCAACCAUUGCGGUGGCCGGGAUUGCUCACAACAUUACAACUGGACAGUUUGGUGACUAUUACAGAUUGUUGGUGCCUGGAACCUAUAAUAUCACAGCUUCUGUCACAGGUUACCUGCCAGUCACCACAGAGAACAUUGAGGUGAAGGAAGAAAAUGCAACUGUGGUGGACUUUUCCUUGCAUCCCACCGUCACAGGGUUGACUUCCAGCCCUACCACCAAAGAAGCUCUGGUAACUGCCAACAACUCUCUUGCGGAUGCAGCAACCACCACUGCCGUCAACAGAUCAACCGCUGCUCGCCAGGUGAUCCAGCCGGAUGAUUUUCGCCAUCACCACUUCCCUGAUAUGGGUAUCUUUCUGAGGAAAUACGCCACUGAGUACCCCAACAUUACCCGACUCUACUCGGUAGGCAAGUCCGUGGAACAAAGGGAGUUGUAUGCGAUGGAGAUAUCAGAUAACCCAGGCAUUCACGAAGCAGGUGAACCGGAAUUCAAGUAUAUUGCCAACAUGCAUGGCAACGAAGUAGUGGGAAGGGAACUGCUCCUCAAUCUCAUAGAGUAUCUCUGCAAGAACUAUGGAACGGAUCCCGAAGUGACUGACCUGAUCCAAAAUGUUCGGAUACAUAUCAUGCCGUCCAUGAACCCCGAUGGCUAUGAAAAAUCUGUGGAAGGAGACGUGUCGGGGAUUUUUGGAAGAAACAACAGCAACAACUACGAUCUGAACCGGAACUUCCCAGAUCAGUUUGUCCAAAUUGCCGACCCCCUGCAGCCGGAGACCAUAGCUGUUAUGAACUGGCUGAAGACCUACCCCUUUGUGCUCUCCGCCAAUUUACACGGAGGAUCUCUGGUGGUUAACUACCCCUUUGAUGACGAUCGGCUAGGAGUUGCCACCUAUAGUAAAUCCCCUGAUGAUGCUGUUUUUCAGCAGCUAGCUCUUACCUAUGCUAAGGAGAACGCGCAAAUGUUCCAGGGCCACCCGUGCGACAACCUAUAUCCUGAUGAAUAUUUUCCUCGUGGCAUCACUAACGGAGCGAAUUGGUAUAACGUUCCAGGUGGCAUGCAAGAUUGGAAUUACCUGAACACUAAUUGCUUUGAGGUGACGAUCGAGUUGGGCUGUGUCAAGUAUCCCAGGGCAGAAGAAUUGCCUAAAUACUGGGAGAAGAACCACCGGUCCCUGCUGCAGUUUAUCAAGCAGGUUCACCAAGGGGUCAGAGGGUUUGUUUUGGAUGCCACUGAUGGACGCGGCAUCUUGAACGCGACCAUCAGCGUGGCCAGCGUCGACCACCUAGUCUCCACCUAUAAAGCCGGGGAUUAUUGGCGCCUGCUGACUCCAGGAACAUACAAGAUCACGGCAUCUGCCCGAGGGUAUAAUUCAGAGACCAAGAUAGUAAAAGUCGAAGAGAGCAAUGCAGCGCAAGUCAACUUUACUCUGAGUCGAAAAGGCCCCAGAGUUGAAGAAGGGUCAGCACCCCAUGUGAACAUGGCGGACUCCAACGGGUCAGUCACCAAGGAGUUCGAAACCCUGAUGAAAGACCUCUCGGCAGAGAACGGCUUGGACCAUCUCCUCUUGGCUUCUUCCGCUGAUGUUCAGCCUUCACGUUAUCGCCCCUACAAAGAUCUGUCCAUGUUCCUUAGAGGCUUGAAUCUGAAUUAUCCCGAAAUCACCAAUCUCGUUAGCUUGGGCCAAAGUCGGGAGAUUCGUCACAUCUGGUCCCUGGAAAUCUCUAACAAACCCAAUCAGUCUGAGCCAGAAGAACCGAAGAUCCGUUUUGUUGCCGGCAUCCAUGGCAAUGCCCCUGUCGGUACCGAGCUGCUCCUGGCACUGGCAGAGUUCCUCUGCAUGAACUACAAAAAAAACGCGGCUAUCACAAAGCUGAUUGAGAAGACAAGAAUCGUGAUUGUGCCGUCCCUAAAUCCAGACGGGCGCGAGAUUGCCCAGGAAGGCGAUUGUACCUCCAAGCUGGGGCAGACCAAUGCCAACGGCAAAGAUCUGGACACCGAUUUCACAAGUAAGAGUUUUACUCCGGAUUUCAGUGUCAUCUAUGGGCAUUGUCCAGAGAUCACAGUCUACACCGGUUGCUGUUACUUUCCAAGUGCGGGACAACUCCACACUCUCUGGACAGAGAAUAAGAAAUCUCUUCUCAGCAUGCUGGUGGAGGUUCACAAAGGAGUCUAUGGCUUUGUCAGAGACAAGCACGGCCGACCGGUAUCCAAGGCCCAAAUUGUGUUCAACGAUGGGAUAAAAGUGUGCACCAAGGAAGGUGGCUAUUUCCACGUGCUUCUCGCUCCAGGCUAUCAUAAGAUCCAGGCCAUAGCGGAAGGCUAUCAGCAGCAGCAUGUCCGGGUCUUGGUUCGUCAUGACAUGGCCAGCUUCCUGCGUAUACAGUUUGACAUAGACAACAAGGUCUUUGGUCUUCCAAGAGAGUUGGUGGUUACAGUAGCAGGUGCCACCAUGUCGGCCGUGAUCCUCACCGCCUGCAUCAUCUGGUGCGUGUGCUCCAUCAAGUCCAACCGGCACAAAGACGGCUUCCACCGCCUACGGCAGCACCACGACGACUACGAGGACGAGAUCCGCAUGAUGUCCACCGGCUCCAAGAAGUCGCUCCUCAGCCACGAAUUCCAGGACGAAACGGACACGGAGGAGGAAACAGUUUACUCCAACAAACAGUGAUC